AGGAGUCUACGUGGGGUCUGGCUUGUUUGUGUCACACAGCUACAACAAAUAGAGCUUUUGUUAUGAAGAUGAGACUCCUGGGGGGGACCUGUCUCAUUGUCUUGAGUUUGCUACCAGCUGUUUCUACACAGAGAGGUGGAUGGCGUGUCGUUGGCUCUGAUCAUCCUGUCAUUGCUGAGGCUGGUGAUGAUGUCAUCCUGCCCUGUCACAUUUCACCCAGACUCAGUGCUGUGGACAUGGAAGUGAGGUGGUUCAGGGAGAGAUUCGACACGCCUGUCCAUUUAUAUCUGAACCAAAGGGAUCAGCUCAGCAGACAGGACAGUGACUACUGGGGCCGCACUGCUCUCCUUCCUGAAGCACUGCAGAGAGGCGAUCUCUCUCUGAGACUGAGAUACAUCCGGCCCUCUGAUAGAGGCGUCUAUACCUGCUUAGCUGAUGAUGGAAGUCAGUAUGAAGAAGGACAGACUGAAGUGAUAGUCGCAGCUCUGGGGACCCAGCCCUCAAUCUCUAUGGACUCUACACAAGGAGAGAAGACCCGGCUGGUGUGCAGAUCAGAGGGGUGGAGCCCUGAACCUGAAGUGAUCUGGAGAGAUAGGGAUGGAAACGAUGUGACAUCACUGUCCAACACAACAGUGCAGAGGGACAGUCAGGGGCUCCGCAGUGUCAGCAGCUACAUCAAAAUCAAACAGCAGUCCAACGUGUUCUCCUGUCUGGUUAGAAGUAAAAUACCAAAACCAGACUGGGAAUCCAAACUCCACAUAUCCAUUGACAGUUUGACUCUGGACCCUGAUACAGCACACCCAAUGCUGAUCCUGUCUGCGGAGGGGAAACGAGUGAGAGUGGGAAGGUUGCAGGCUGUCCAUGACAAUCCAGAGAGAUUUGAUUACUGGUGCUGUGUGCUGAGCAGGGAGGGCUUCACCUCAGGGAGACACUACUGGCAGAUGAACUUGGGGGGGAAUGAAUUCUGGAGAUUUGGAGUUAGCAGAGAGUCUGCCCGGAGAAAGGGGGAGUUCAGCAUGUCCCCCCAGCAGGGUUACUGGACUUUGGGGUGGAGGAGUGGAGAUGAAGAUAAAGAUGCAUUCAUUGCUCUCACUGCCCCCGAGACCCCCAUCACCCAGAGCCUGAAGCCCCAGAAGCUGGGGGUGUAUCUGGAUUAUGAGGAAGGGCAUCUCUCCUUUUACAAUGUGGAGACCAGAUCUCACAUCUACACUUUCACUGACAUGGAGUUCAAUCCCAAUGAGAAACUCUAUCCAUUCUUUUAUACUUACAGUAAAACAGACCUUGUGCUCGAGUCCCCUGGCCCUGUCAGCUCUGCAGAUUAAACACACAUUGCUGUCUGAACCAGGAAACUCUUCAAACAGCUCAGACAAUCUCCUCUUCACUUUCAGUGACACUCUCUCUGCACUCUUCUGGGCUGAUGAGAAGAAAUCCUCUCUCUUCCACCCUCUUACCCUGAGCCCUCCUCUUUAUUUCUCUACAUCCCCUUUCCUACUCUCCCUUCCUCUCUCACUCUCUCUUUCCCCUCCCCCUCUCCAUCUCCAGAUCCCUCUUUCUCUCCUUCUGCUCUCCUCUCUGCCUCCUCUAUGGCUCUCCUCUAUCUUUCUCUUUCAUGCCCUCUGAUAUGCUAAUCCCCUCUGUUUCCCACUCUCCCUCUCUCCACUCUGCCUUCUCUGCUCUCCCUCUCUCCUCCAUCCUCUCUACUUUCCCUCUCUCCACCCUGCCCUCUCCACCCUCCCUCUCUCCUCCCUGCCCCCUCUACUUUUUGUAUUGUGAUAUUUUGUAACAAUUGUAAGUCUCCUUGGAUAAGGGUGUCUGCUAAUAAAUAAAUAAUGAUGAUAAUAAAAUACUUUCUAGACAAUAGAUGAAUACAUUAUUUUCCAUGUAAUCAAUAUUUACACUGAAGCUGAGAUGUUCCCUGAAUAUUACUCAUUGCUAAACUUAGUGAACUGAUUUCUGCUAUUUUGAUGUGGAUCUUCUUUUCUGUUUUGUAUCUAUUUUCUAUCUUUCUUGAUAAAAUAUAUAACGAUGCUGUGUGAUUUACUGCUCAAUUGUUUACCUCAUCAAUAUUGACUCAUUAAAAGACAUUCAUGACA